UUUGUUGUCAAAAUGGAGUUCUUACUCGGCAAUCCGUACAGCACUCCCGUGGGCCAAUGUAUAGAGAGGGCCACAGAUGGAGGCCUACAGAACGAGGACUGGACCCUCAACAUGGAGAUCUGCGAUAUCAUAAACGAGACAGACGAGGGGCCAAAAGAUGCCAUGCGGGCACUGAAGAAGAGACUCUGUGGCAACAAGAACUACAGAGAAGUGAUGCUGGCGCUAACGGUAUUGGAGACAUGUGUAAAGAACUGCGGCCACAGGUUUCAUGUCCAGGUGGCCAACAGAGAUUUCAUCGACGGCGUGUUGGUCAAAAUCAUCUCCCCCAAAACCAACCCUCCAACCAUCGUACAAGACAAAGUGCUGUCGCUCAUACAGGCCUGGGCUGAUGCCUUCAGGAGUAGCCCUGAUCUAACCGGCGUGGUCCACAUUUAUGAGGAGCUGAAGAGGAAAGGCAUUGAGUUCCCAAUGGCCGACCUGGAUGCGCUGUCUCCCAUCCACACGCCACAGAGGGGUACACCAGAGGUAGACCCAGCCAUGAUCAAGUACCUAGCCCCUGCCUCACCUGCUGCUGGGACGCCUAAACCUUCCCCGAUCCCCGCCUCUGCCACACAAACCCCCCAGGUGCCCAGCCCCAUCACAGCAACCCCUGAGCAGAUCGCUCGCCUGCGCAGUGAGCUGGACGUGGUGAGAGGAAACACCAAAGUCAUGUCGGAGAUGCUGACAGAGAUGGUCCCUGGUCAGGAAGAUGCCUCUGACCUCGAACUGCUCCAGGAGCUGAACAGAACAUGCAGAGCUAUGCAGCAGAGAGUGGUCGAGCUGAUUUCACGCGUCUCUAACGAGGAAGUGACUGAGGAGCUGCUACAUGUCAAUGACGACCUCAACAACAUUUUCCUCCGAUAUGAGAGGUACGAGAGGUACAGGUCAGGUAGAGCGGCGCAGAACAACGGGAUGUUGAAUGAGGCGACAGAGGACAACCUGAUAGACCUGGGCCCGGGCUCCCCUGCCGUUGUCACGCCCAGGAUCGCCUCCAGCCCCCCGCCCCACUCCACCGCCGGGGCCACUGCCUCCCCGACGCACAACCCCCCCACAGCCUCGUUGUCCUCUGCACUAGCUGGGCUUGAUGUGGCGUCAGACAGCGUGAGCGGUACCCUGUCCUCUCUAUCAGGCCGCAACCAGGACGACUUUGACAUGUUUGCCCAGACCAGGAGCAGCUCUCUGGCUGAGCAGCGUAAAAAUGUAAAGUAUGAGGACCCCCAGGCUCUGGGCGGCCUGGCCUCGGCUCUGGAUGUGAGACAACAGAACGCAGGAGGGCUGAGGGUAAAAGGGGAUGAUAACCCAGCAGAUCAGGAGCUGCCCAUAGACAGCUGGCUUAUUACCCAAGGAAUGAUCCCCGUAUCGCAGUCCUCUGUCAUGGAUGACAUAGAGGAGUGGCUCUGUGCUGAUGUGAAAGGGGAUACCACAGACGAAGGGGUGACCAGUGAAGAGUUUGAUAAGUUCCUGGAGGAGCGAGCAAAGGCAGCAGACUCUCUGCCAUCUCCCCCCGGAGCUAACCCUGCUCACCCCACCCGCGCCCCUGGUGGCUCCCACAAGAAGGCUGAACGGACGGAGGACGCCCUCUUUGCCUUGUAGACUGAUCUCAGAGGACCUUGAUCUCUUCGUAGAGCAUCUAAAGGUCCUCACCCUAAAUCAUUCCUCCCAAACAGUUCUUCCAGUCCCAUUUCAUCGCUGACUGGCAGUGGUGUAGCGAGUGAUGUCCACCCCCUCGUCAUUCUCUUGCCACCGUGUUGCUCUAACAUGCAGAGGUCCAACAUGUUUACUGCACACAGCUGUGUUGCAUUUAACUCUAUAUGGAUGUAUUAAUCUGUUAGUGUGGGAUGUACUACUCGCAGCCCUGCAUCUCAUUUUUAAUGCGCCACCAAAGGAAGACAAGUUGUCUGAUGUGGAUUAAAAAUGUGGCAUAUUACUGCGAGAUUAAUGGAGGACUUUCACUGCAGGUCAAUGCAUUGAGUCAGUAUGGAAAAAUACAAUUAGGAUUAUAUUGUGUUGUUAAACUAAAUUCAGUUAAUUGCUAAUUUAUGCAUUUACUGUCUUUGUUCUGUACUGCAUACUAGCGCUGUGGUUAUGGUCCAUCCAUGCAAUCCCCCCUACCCCACAAAUACUCCAGUUAGAGCUCUAGUCAUGCUUUUAAUACUGAGAUAUCUGUGGAAUGGCAACAUGUUUUAUUGCCCAAUUUGCCUGCAGCAGUGUGGAGAAAAGACCUGUGUUAGCAGGCUAAUUUUGCUAACUAGGAAUAUAAUAGCUAAAUCUUACCUAAUCUUGAUGAGUGUAUGCCAGCAUUCCUUCUACCAAAGGGAAUAAAAAACAAAAAAAAAGUCUAGAAAGCACUAGUUAGGAUUCUCUGUUAUGGAUUUCAAAUGGCUAAGGGGAAGGAUUAUGUCCAUGGAAUAUGUCCCAUCAGUCUUUUCAGGCCUCUGAAAAGCUGCAACAAACUAGCUAAGAAAAAUGUGCUUUUGAACAAUUCCAAACCCUUUUAGCCAUUCCAAAGAAUAUUGAGGCUUUAAUUACCAACUAGCACUGGAUUUUAGCUGUCGAACAAUAACCGUGUUCAUGUGUUAUAAAUGUUAAAGGAUCAUGAACAUUUUCCUUCCCCUGCUAUAUUAAUAUCUGUGCACUUUGAAACAAAAACAGUUCUGUGUUUUGUCCUUUGUGUUUACAAGAUGGUUACUAUUUUUCUAGGGGAUGGGAAGUGGUCUGUAGAUUGACAUCAUUUUGCACAUAAGUUUUCUAACUGUGUAACUGCAGCGUGUGUUCACAUAGAAGUGGAUUAAUGGACUGUUACACUUUGGAUUGUAAAACCUUUUAUGAAAAGUUACAUGAAGAUGCAAGACAAAACAUGGCAUUUAAAUUAUCAGCAUGACUUAUCGCUGGCACCGUAGUCGACUGAAAGAUAACAUGCAUAGCUUACAGAAAUGCACUGUUGUAAAACAUGUAUUCAUAUAGUAGGUAAAUCUUCACUUACUCUAUACUAUGUAAUCUAUAUACCUCAUAAUGCAGGGAUUUUAGUUUCUGUAUCUGGUUAAAAAUGUAUCAGCUCAUACUUAUAUCCAGAAGACAGAUAAGUUUAUGUAUUAUUUGAUCCCCUGAUUGUAUUUUUAUAGUUCAUGUAUAAAAGAAAAAAACAUGUUUGUACCCUUCAUUAUUGAUCUUUUUGUGGUUGAGGCUGAAGCACGCAGCAAACAAACCCAAUUCUACUCUCUUGAUUUGUGCAUUCAAAGACGUACUUUCAUACUUGCCGUAUUUUCAUUCUUCUUCUCAUCUGCUCCUGUUGGAGCUGCUGCCAAGCAUCUGUGUGAUUGACUGAUUUCAGCAAAGUAGCGCCUACUGGAGUUUGUCCUUGGUGUAGUUAAGAUUGCACUUUGAGGCAAAAAGCAGUCCUGUCUUCAUUCCAGCUCUUUUGCCGAGCCUCUGCUUUGUUUUACCGUCGCUCUGCACUUGAAAGAUUUUUUUCUCUUUCAGUCCAUUUGAGACCAAAAGCCUUGUCAAUCGAGGCAGUCCGUUUGAAUCUCCUCCCAAGUUGUAAAAGCCUAAUCAUGCUUCAGAUUUACUUGUUGAAUUAUCUGUUGUCAGUGCGGGCCUUCCACUAGAGGGAAAUAUUUCUUACACUCGUUAGCAUAAAUGCAAUGAUGGCAUUGAAAAUGAUUUGUGUCUGCAUAAUCAUUGUGAUUAAAUCUUUAGAAAAUUAAUGAUUAAUGAGCUUUAACUUUUUUUUAAUGCUGUAUGAUUAUAUAGUUUUAGUAUGGUUGCCAGGUAACUGAGAUAAUAGCGUUAAAUUUACAAUCAGCCAUUGUGUUCACUUUGAAAAACUUACCAUGCAGGCUGAACAAAGAGGAUUACUAAAAAUGUAACAAGAGAUCCUUUCAAAGGGAGUGUGAGUAUUUUUCUGAUUGUGUGUUACAUAUCUCUGGAUCUGUAACAGUGUAUUGUGUGACUUGCUUUUAUGAGGCUUAAGUCUCUGAGUGCAACAUGUAUUCCUCGAAAUUCUAGCUCUCUCGAGAUGGUUAAUGAAUGUCUUUUAACUUUGAUGAAGCAGAAUGUUUUGCUGAUGUUGUGUGGACAUGGAAGAGAGGCUUGUUUUCUGUUGGAGUCCCAUGUCUGUUUGGCUGUGCCGUCUGCUGCCAUUACUAAUGGUCAGAUUGUUGUUUGACCUAAUGCACGUAUGUAACUGCCCAAUAAAACACUAGCAAUGUGUGACCUCUA